ACCACCGCCGCUUCCUACCGGGAAUCGCGACAUAUAAUACAGGGCGACUCCUAGCUAGCUAAUUUAUUUAUUUUGGUCGAAGGAUCUUCGGGCUGAGAAGAGGAGGCCUCGCAACCCAAAGCUAACAUAACUUAGGGCUGCAAGCUCCCAGGCUAUGACUGGGAGGAGUCUUUGUUAGCUUCUGCCAGCAAGGCACAUUCAUAACAACUAUCGGCCUUUGCGGUUUCUAAACUAACUCGGUCGAUUGACGGAUCUACUAUUAAGAGGCGGAUCACUAAAAAAUAAAAAUCUCUGGAUGAAUUCUACACAUUCUACGCAUCGAGGCUGCUAGCAAAAAUCUACGACUUGUGCAGCUGACGAUGGCUUCUCAGCCGGCGAGCUUUCCGCAAUUCUCCAAAUUGCCAUUGGAGUUGCGGGAUAUGAUAUGGGGUUAUGCUCUUCCUGAACCAAGAGUAUUCGAGGUCCUCGAUUCUCCGUCUUCGCAGCAGUCCCAAUCCUCGCCCUCGGGUCGUUUAAUGUUUGCGGAUGUCCGCAACGAACCACCGCCUUCGAUAGCGCGAGUCUGCCGCGAUGCUCGACAAGCCGUCCUGCGCCGUUACAAACCGAUUGCUUUCUCCGGAACGGUCAAGCACCUGGAUCUCCGGCGAGACAUUAUCCUCCUCGAUUCCUAUUUGCAAGUGAAGAGGCUGCUCAAGGUGAUACGACUCUUGAGUCAGAUCGAGCCCAUCCGCCGCAGCGCGACCAGGUUGGCCCUAGGUACGAGUUGGGGUCUACAUACGGGACUGCACCUGCGCAUGUUUCACCGGAGCGUCCAGACGAAACGAAACAUGGCGAGAUUCCUGGAGUACGUAUCGAAGUUUCGGCUCCUUGAAACGAUUAUCUUGGUAGUGUACCAGCGCUCGGCCUUCGGACUCCGGCUCAAGUGUUGCAGCCCCGCUCCGGUUGGACCGGUGCCGGAUCACCGCUAUCACCAACCUCACCAACAUCAUUAUCAUAAUCAACAUCAACAUCACUCACAUUACCAGCAGUAUCAACAACAUCAACACCAGAUUCAGGCUCAGAGUCAGGGCCAAAGGAAUGCGAAUAUGCUUCCAUGGCGUCACUACGAUCUAUACGAGUCAUACCACUUUAACUUCAACGUCAACUUUAACUUCGAAAAUUACUGGCUGCGUCGUCCGUAUCAGAGCAGGCUCGUGCGGUACGAACCAGAAGAUGACAGGGAAAAGGCACAGUCUUCACAAUCGGCGCAAUCCUCGCACCCACUGUCAGCGUUUGCGAGACAUUCAAAACAGUGCGCACCCGAUCCUCAGCCGAGGGGUUACCAAGUGCAUGAUCUGAAGGGCACGUUUGAGGGUUGGCUGAAGAAGCUUCAGGACGACGAGACGAUAGGCCCCGGGCUCAGGGUGCCAGGGCUCGAGACAGCGACGCUAACGUGGAUUUACACGGGCGUGAGGAAUGGUAGAUUUUGCUAAGCAGUAGAACAUAGACGAGACGAUACGGUACAUAUGGGACAGGGCGGGCAUUUGGUAUAUACCUUGAUACACGAUGGAAUAUAUUAUCAUUAUCUGUUACGGCCUGUCUUUUGCACUGCACUACUCAAUUCGGAGCUACCGGACUUGUGGUUUUAGUCGGAAUUAGGAGGACGAAGUCUAGUGCUUGAGUCUAUAUUUCUCGCGCGCUUUGAUGUCGCUACAUCCGUCGACAACUGUCUUACCGACUUUUAACGAAUGCGCAGACAGCACUUGUGCGAUAUCCCUCUUGGUGUUAUUUGAGUUUAAUGGGCCUUAAUUGAGCCUCGUUCUCAUUGUAUCUUACGCCAUACGAAAGUGGUAGUACGAGUGCUCGUAAACCUUCCUCCGGGUAAGACGGCGCGUAGAGUUAUAUAUCAAUUCAAUCAAACUUAAUAUCACACUUCA